UUGAAGGCAACACAUUUAUCUUAGAAAAAGAACUACACAAGCAAUACAUGAAGUCGAAUUUGUUAAAACGUUGUCGUAAAGGGCAUGAGAAGCAUAACACGCAAGACUGCUCCAACGUUACAAAAAAAAGGAAGGAAUACUCUGCAAGUGCAUGUGAAAGCAAUUUGAAUGAGAGUGCAACAGAAAAUAGUGGUGUCUUCUCAAGUGCUGGUCCAUCAACUAAGUUAUUUGGUGAGAUGCAAGACAAACCCAAUGUUACAAAAAAGAGGAAGGAAUGCUACAUAAGUUUAGGGACAACUGAUGCAGCAAAUGAAAGCUCACUCGUCACGUGGCAGAAAGUGGGAUGGGCAGAUGGGGUAACUGGUGGUAUUGUAGGAGCGCAAAAAGAGUCGAGUGAACCUGAUAAUCUGAAGAAAUUAGUUAAAGCGAGAACUCCCUUUGGAAAGGACUAUUCACUUGCUAAGAAUACCUUCAAAGAAGCUAUUAAUUUGAAACAUUCAGCUGACCGUUUAAAGAAUGGAGAAUCAGAAAUUGAAGUUCGUGGAAUAUAUCUUCAUGUGGCCAUACAAUUUCUACUUGCCGCAUCGAUAUUUAAGGUUCGUGACAUGGGAAGUGCAGAACUAGGAGAAAUAACUGAGUCGACAGAGAUCUAUAUCGACACACAAAAGAUCUUGAACGGCGUUUAUUGGAGUUUUUAUCGGCGUUUGUACAAUUGUUACCGACGCUUGGUGGAGUUUCUAGCGGCGUUUUUUACUUCCUUUAGCGGCGCUUUUAUAGUUUUUAGCGGCAAUCGCAGAAGCGCCGCUAAAGUAUAG